GUGAGAAAAUGUCAGGAUUUGUCAAUCGUACAAGCAUCCUAAACGUGAGAUAGUCUAUAAUCCGAACACACACGUUUUAAGAACUACCUUAUUGCAGCCUGUGUUAACUCAUACAAAUAGGAUUUCCUUUUCAACUGCUAGAUUCGGUGCCGCUUAUUGUUUAUAAAAAGAUUGUUGUAUUUAAAAUCUGGUGCCAGGAUGAAUCAACUUAGCCAAUCCAGUUUCGAUCUUGUUCUCCGUGUUCGUGGUAAGGAAAUUCCAGUGCACAAGCUGAAGUUGGUCGAUGCCAGCAAAUACUUCGAAGGUCUUUUCAGUGGUUAUUUCGCAGAUUCUGGGACCAAUGUCAUAAAUCUGGAUCAGUUUGAAACGGCAGCGGUGGAAAUGGUUGUGGAAUUCAUUUAUACUGGACAGAUGGAGUUGUCUGUCGAUACGGUAGCUGAUAUCUUCGAAGUAGCUGACUUUUUACAAGUGGAGGACCUAUUGCAGCUUUGCGAGCGCUUCUUCAUUAAAUCCCGAAUACGGUCAGUUGCCUCGGCUUCUGGAAAUUUGGAGAUUUCUGCGGUCAGGCCUCGUUACAAACCCGUCUACAAACAUAAAUCUGGAAAUCUUUCGAGGAUGUGAUGCAGACAACCGAUUUCCUGGAGCUGGAAUUUGAAGAUGACGCGUCCUGGAUGUUCAGAUUUUGGUUAAUUUGUAUAAUAUAAUAAUAUAAGCAUAAUUAAUUAUUUUGGCAAUCGAUAUUUAAUUGCAAUUACAUAUACCAAAAGAUUUAAUUAUAAA